AUGCCUCGAAAGGAGUUGAACCCCACGCCGAGUGCCAACCGAGGCAGGAGUUUGAUCUCGACUAGAAUCCAACAGCAUCAGCAGCGCAAGACGCAAAACGCCAAAAGCCAUCUCCCGAGGAGUUACUCCUCGCCUGCACCACAGAGCGAUGUACAGAACAAAGGGUACGUCAUGCGAAGCUUCUCGUCGCCCGAUCCUAAGCAAGUCUGUUACAGACGGAAUUCAGAUACGCUUUGUAGGUCUAAACCCGACUACACCAAAGGCGAACUAGACUCAGAUUUGGAAAGCUACGAACUUUUCGAGGAGAGUUUCAUCGAUAUGGAUGCUGAGCCAGAUGACAUCACUUUCGGUGCCUACACUAAAAACCCCGAAAUAGAAGAACCCAAAAGGGUUGUUGCCUCACUCCUUCCGGGGAGUAGAAUUCAAAGAAUCUCCAUGAAACCCAUAUCACCUCGAACCAUACAAAAAAUUCAAAAUUCACGACAAGCAAAGCGGAAACAUCAAAGAGAUAGGAACGAAAACAAAGAGGAAACAGAGCGUUCGUCGCUUCUGAUGGAUGAACUGCAGAGAUCGCCCCCUAUAGAAACCGAAGUGUUGGAGUUGGAGAGAGAGUUCCGUGAUGCUGAACAGCAUCUGGAUGCAGAAAUCGCAAUGGCCACCGAAGAAAGUGACAGCGAAACGGUAGGAUAUUUAUUAUGUUUAUAUCACAGUCCA